AUGACUUCUGUCACCGUUCGUCCUCCUCCGCUAACUUCAACUUCGGAGCCACCUCCCCUUUUCGACGGAACCACAAGGUUGUACAUCAGUUAUACUUGCCCCUUUGCACAACGUGUAUGGAUCACUAGAAACUACAAGGGACUAGAAGACAAGAUUGAAUUGGUUCCUAUUGACCUUCAAAACAGGCCUGCAUGGUAUAAGGAAAAAGUUUACCCUGAAAAUAAGGUGCCAUCUUUGGAGCACAAUGGCAAGGUAUUGGGAGAAAGUCUUGAUUUAGUCAAAUAUGUGGAUGCCAACUUUGAAGGAACACCUCUCUCUCCCAAUGAUCCUGCCAAGAAAGAGUUUGCUGAGCAGUUGUUAUCCCAUGUUGAUACCUUUGUCAAAGACUUGUACGGCUCAUUCAAAGGGGAUACUGUGCAACUAGCCAGUACUGCUUUUGAGUACUUGGAGAACGCCCUUGGUAAAUUUGAUGACGGCCCAUUCCUUCUUGGUCAAUUCAGUUUGGUGGAUAUUGCUUAUGUUCCAUUCGUUGAAAGAUUCCACAUUAUCCUUCCUGAAUUGUUCAAGUUUAACAUCACAGAAGGAAGACCUAAACUUGCAACAUGGAUCGAGGAGCUGAACAAGAUUGAUGCUUAUACACAGACAAAAGUGGAUCCUCAAGAAACUGUUAAUACUUACAAGAAACGUUUUCUGCCUCAACAGUGA